CACAAAGUAACAGUUUGUUCCUCUGCUGUUUCCCUGUUCUCCAUCAUAACUGCUCCUGCCCCCACCUCUAGUGUGUCCACAUUUACACCUGUCACGUCUUUAUGUUCCUCGUUAGACUUUCUUUUUGGAGUCAUCUUUGCAGUGAGAGAGUAAACAAAAAAUCCCUGGGGAAACUGAACGAACCUAAUUUCGAGCCAUGGUCCUGAGCUUACUGCUAGGUUUUGGGUUUUUGUUUACGGUUUGUUGUUGAAAGCAGCACGCCCCGUUUCUGGAAAGCAGGAGUUGGAAGAGAUGGCUUUCGUUUCCUGGCGAUAACCCUGGGCUCUCGGCUUCGCUUUCACUUGUCAUGUUUUGUUUGCUGAAAGCUGCGUUUCGAUUCCGCAGCGGCAUUAGUUUCAGUCUCGAUCCGAGGAAGUAACGCUGGGGGGUGGGGGAAGGGAGUGGACUCAGGCCGUGCCUCUCGCCGAGUCACCGAGACCACAAUGAAUGCUCGCUGCAGCUUCGAGAUGGCUCAGACACUGGGCUCGGCGCUCUACCGGGAAUGGGCCAAGAGGGUCUUUGCAAUCGAGUGCAGCAAUAACUCAGAGCCGCUUUACUUCGCCCUGACCCCAACCUCGGAGGGGCCGUGGGACGAGAAUUCCCGUUUGCACCAGGUCCUCAGCCGCGGUCAGACCUACUCUGUUUGCAUCGCCUCCGAGAACAGGAUCCAAGGCGCCGAGUCCUAUGUCCAGCUGCGCAAUGAACUGACCAGGCUGCCCCGGAGGUGCCGCGUUAUGGAGCUGAUGGCGUUUUCGCCCAACAAACAGGGAUCUCUGAUCAAGGGAUUUCUGGUUCAGGACAAUCACAGUGACGAGAGCACGGAGCGUCUCCUGCAGGAUCUGGUCCGUGAGAGCGGGCAGACCAGUCUGUGCAGUUAUACCAGGGACGGUGAUGGCAGAAUCUGGCAGAGACUCCGGCUCCUUACUGAUGGCCAGGACAGAGAGAUCUCCAGGAACUGUCUCUUUCUGGCUGCGAGACCAGACCUCCAUCCCUCGGUGCUCAACAUCAAAAACUCGGUUAUAUUCUUCAAGUAUGAAGAUGCUUACUGCGUUUUGGAAGAGUGUGUUGAAACGAUUCCCAAAGCCAAGGAAAUUCUGGAAUUGGCGGAUCAGUAUGACAGGACUCCUAGAAAAGGCCUACAUCCAGUAAUUGUGGUAGAAGGACUUGAUGCAACAGGCAAAAGUACAUUGACUGAAGCUUUAAGAGACUCCCUCCAAGCAACACUUCUAAAGUCCCCACCAGACUGCGUUAGCCACUUGAGAAAAACAUUUGAUGCAAAGCCACCUCUUAUUCGACGGGCUUUUUAUGCAUUGGGCAAUUACGUUACUGGCUCCAUCAUAGCAAGAGAAUCUGAAAAGUCUCCAGUAAUUGUGGAUCGAUUCUGGCACAGCACUGCAGCCUAUGCUAUUGCGACAGAAGUCAGUGGAAGAUUAGAGAACCUGCCACCACCACAUCAUGAAUUAUACCAGUGGCCCCAGGAUCUAGUUCAACCAGAUUUGGUGCUGUUGCUCACAGUUGAUGCAGAGGAGAGAGUCCGUCGGCUAGAACGAAGAGGAGAGCUGAGAACAAAGGAAGAAAUUGAGCUGGAAGCAAACAGUAUAUUUCGACAAAAGGUGGAAGCAACUUACAGAAGAAUGGAGAAUCCAGCUUGUGUUGUGGUCGAUGCUAGUGCCUCAAAGGAAGUGGUCUUCAAAAAUGCUGUUCAUGUAAUUGAGAGAUAUUGUGGCAUUGAACAAACUUGACUUCAUACAUUGGUGAAAUUGAACUGCUGAAAUACAUUUCAAUCCUUUAUUCAAUAUACUGCAUCAAUGGCACCAAUCUCUUAUGAAAUUAUAUUGCUCAUGCUAUUCAUUUUGACUCGCAUAUGUAGAUGAGCCAUGUGCCGUUUUCACUGGAAUGAAGUAGUAAGCAAACUGUAUUAUGUUCAGCUGAUGUGAUGCACAUCAUUGAACAGUGUAUUUUUAAAAUGCUAAAAAAUAAUAUGCAGGGCCCUAAUAUUUAUUUUCCUUUGCACCCUGACACAAUUGUAGAAUACCAGCACCUGAGACUGCAGGGUCAUUUUCAACUUCCCCAUGUGCUAAUCUUUCACUGCUGUCUGAAACAGCCAGCACUCUGUCCUGCUAAGUUAUUGCCCAGACCGUAACGUUGAAAAUCACAUGAUGACACUUUCCCAUCUAAAUGAAUGAAAGUGAUGGGCUUUUACUAAUCAUUAACUUGAACAGCCAUAGAGCAAGAUCAACAGCAUGUUUCACUCCAUUCCGUACAGAGAAAAGUGAAUGAUGCUGAGCAUCCAGAUUGAUUAGGGAAUUAUUGUAGAGCAGGUAAAGGGAGCUACUUGGCUAUUGCUAUAUUUGCACUGGCCAACCUCAGUUAUAGAGUCAUCGAUUCAGACAGCAUGGAAACAGACCCUUCAGUAUAACCAGUUCACGCUGGUCAUAAUCCCAAAAGGAACUAGCCCCACCUCCCUGCGCUUGGCCCUUAUCCCUCCAAACAUUUCUUAUUCAUGUACUUAUCUAACUGUCUUUUAAAUGUUGUAACUGUACUUGCAUCCACCUUUCUCUGGAAGUUAAUUUCACACCUGGACCACUCUCUGUGUAAAAACAUUGCCCCUGAUGUCUUUUUUAAAUCUUUCUCCUGUCACCUUAAAAAUAUGUUAUUUUGCAUUUGAUUUUACACAGAAAUCUAUAAAGUGCAAUUUAAACAUUA